GCGACAAUACCCUGACCCCUGAUGACCCCAAACUCCUGAUUCUGCCUCCCGCAGCUUCGUGACGCUGAGACGCGUCCAACCUCGCCAGAACAUUCGGGCUUGGGGUAGGGGCAGGGCUGAGUUAGAGGAGCGGGGUGGGGGCCCCGACUCAUGGCGCCCAAGAAGAAGCGCGGGCAGGGCGCCGGGCGCCGGGGGGGCGCGGCGGGAGAGGGCGCCGAGCCACCGCUGUCGGAGCGCGCUCAGUACCUGCAGCGUGAGCACAAGCUGCUCUCUGAGGAACUGGACGCCUGUAAGCAGCGCGUCGACCAAGUGCUGCAGGAGAACGACUUCCUGGACAGCGAGGCGCCGCGCCUGCGCGAGGAGAACCGGCUCUACGCGAGCUACGUGAGCUCGCGCGCGCAGCGCAGCGCCAACGCCAUCGUUAGGCUGGAAGAGCAGAACCGCGUGAACCUUUCGCAGAUCCACUGGGAGCGCGCAGAGCUGGCGUCGAUCUACCGCGGGCGUGAGGACGGGGUGCGCGCGCAGCUGCUGGAGAUGGAGGCGCGCGCGGCGCGGAUGGCGCAGCAGGUGCAGGAGCUGCAGCCCUACAAGGAGCUGCAGCUGGAGCAGCUGGCCCGGAUCCGGGCGCUGGAGCGCGAGCUGCUGCAUAUGCGUGUGGAGCACACGCAGCUGCUCCACCGCGUGAAGCGGCGCUUCCUGGAGGACAAGGCAGCGUUUGAGCGCGAGGCGCGCCAGCGCGUGCAGUCGCUAGCGCGGCGCGCGGAGCGGGAGGCGGCGCGCGCGCUGUUGGCACACACCCAGGCCAUCAGAGUGGACAAUGGUCGCCUGCGGCAGGAGCUGCUGCGGCUGCUCCGCCGGGCCCAGGUGCUGCAGGACACACGGCGCCAGUUGCUGGAGCAGCGCGAGCAGCUGCGGCGCGAGCAUGAGGACACGCGCGACCUGGCGCGCGUGCACGGCUGGCUGCGCCGAGGCCCCGAGGGCCCGCCGCUGUGGGAACCAUCGCCGGCUGCUUCUGACCCCGAGUCUUUUCCCUCCAAGACCCCGCUGAGCGCGACCUUCCGGGUCCCAUCAGUCUCAGCCUCCCAGAACCCGUCUCAGGUCUUAUGCCGCGCGGAUUCUUGGACCCCGUCCCUGCCCUCGAAGGUCUCAGUUCCCAGGGUCCCGUCACUGGUCCCAUCGCGUGUUGGCUCCAGGGUCCUGUCUCUGGCCCCUUCGAAGGCCAGUUUACGAGUCCCAUCCCACGACCCAUCGCACGUGGGCUCCAGGGUCCAGUCCUUGUCCGUGUCGCGCCCAGGCUCCCGAGUCCCAUCCCUGAUCCCGUACAGCCCGGGCUCCAGGGUCGCGUCCUUGACACCGUCCCGACCGGACUCUCGAUUCUCUUCGCGGUCCUCACUGCGUGCCGCCUCACAGAACACCAUCCUCUCUGGGAAGCUCGUCCCCAGGUCGGGCUCUUAUCCUCUCCCAGUCGAAGGAGACGGCGACCGUUAUGCUGCAGAUGAAGCCGCCUCCGGGAGAGCCUGAACCUACCUUGAGGAAGGCUAGUGAGGCCAGGUGGUGGCGGGGAAAGGGGCUGUCCAGGAGGCGGGUUUGGUGAGUGGAUUAUGAAUAAAGGCGUGACUCCCUCCA